GGAGCAUUCCCAAACCCGUGUGUCCGAUAACUUCUUUGAAUUUCCACGCAAAGAAAGACAUUACAAUAACAACAUCGAACCAGUGGUUCCCAAAAGUAAAUAAAUAGUUAUAAAAAUCAGUUAUUCCAAUUUAACCAGUGUUGUUGACGAGAGAGAGAGAGAGAGAGAGAGAGAGAGAAAAUGGCUGGUGCUGUAGGUCGUGGUGGAGGUGCAAUGAGGCUAAUCGUCUUAGAUUUCAUGCAAUCUUUCAUGUGGGUUUGGUCUGGUGUUCUCAUCAGGAUGUUCGUUCACAGCUUUCUAGGGUUAGGAUUCCAUGAACCCAAGGCUGAAGCCAUCAAGUGUGUUCUCUCCAUCCUCAACAUGUUCUUCUUCGCAUAUUUGGGUAAAAUCACAAAAGGCGCGACCUAUAAUCCUCUCACCGUCUUGGCAAGUGCAAUUUCUGGGGAUUUCAGUCGAUUCCUCUUCACUGUUGGUGCCAGAAUUCCUGCUCAGGUGUUUGGAGCUAUUACUGGGGUUAAGCUCAUCAUUGGGACCUUUCCUGAAAUAGGCCGUGGGCCAAGUCUGAAGGUUGACAUCCACCGAGGUGCAUUGACGGAGGGAUUUCUGACAUUUGCUAUUGUGAUGAUCUCGCUCGGGCUUUCCAGAAACAUCCCUGGAAGUUUUUAUAGGAAAACUUGGAUCUCCAGUGUCUCCAAGCUUUCUCUUCAUAUACUUGGUUCCGAUCUAACCGGUGGAUGUAUGAACCCAGCCUCUGUGAUGGGUUGGGCUUAUGCUCGUGGGGAACAUUUGGGAAAGGAACAUAUACUUGUUUACUGGCUUGCUCCAAUGGAGGCAACUCUACUGGCAGUAUGGACGUUCAAGCUGCUAGUCCAACCGCCCAAAGAAGAGAAGACAAACACGAAGAUUAAAAAAUCAGAAUAAAGUUGAUACCUCUCAAUCUGCAUUUGAGUCUGUUGUAAUUUUAAAUCUGUAAGUAUUGGAGGUGAGCAUGCAUACGCUAAGCCCACCAGGAGAUUGGACGGGAGGAAUUCACUCUGUUUUCUGCAUUUGAAUUCCUUUUGGCCAUCCAAUUUGUAAGUAUUGAUUUGCAUUGUUGAUUCAAGCAACUGGUUCUCUCUGAUCCUCUCUCUUUCUCUCCACAUGCACACCAAGAACAGCAUAAAUAUCAGGUUCAAAAGUUUUCUGCAGGCUGUGUCGGAAACUCGGAAUGGAUAUGUGAUAAGAAAGAAAAUCAGUGAAAACACUUGAAACUUGAUAGAUUAA